CCACGCGACCAAGUCGCGCGGCCGUUCUUCCCCAUCCCCUCAAAGCCGGAAGCCAUGGGCCAUGGCCCCCGCCGCCCGCUAGCCCCACCCGCGAGACCACACGCAGAGGCGCGCGGCUGCCAGCACGCGCAACCAAGCCUAUGGCGGCAGCGGCGGCGGCGCUGCCCUUCUCGCCGCGGCGUCCCUUCUCGUCGCCGUGCUUCCUGCUCUGCUUCCUCCUCGGCUUCGUCGCCGGCCUCUUCCCCUUCGCGCACCGCCACCUCCUGCUCGACCUCCGCCACCUGCCGCUCCCGGACCACGACCCUCGGCCGGCCCUGGCCCGCGUGCCCGCGGCGGCCGCGGAGCGCGAGCCGCCGACCCUGAUCGUCGUGACGCCUACCCGCGCGCGCCCACUGCAGGCCUACCGCCUGCACCGCCUCGCGCACACGCUCCGCCUCGUGCCCGCGCCUCUGCUCUGGCUCGUCGUCGAGCGCGGCGCCGCCACGCAUGAGACCGCCGCCCUGCUCCGCGGCUGCGGGGUCAUGUACCGCCACCUUGCCUCGCCCGGCGACGACGACGACGCGCGCCGCCGGGCGGUGGAGCGGCGGCGCGGCGGCCUGCGCCAGAGGAACGCCGCGCUCGACCACAUCGAGCGGCACCGCAUCCACGGCCUCGUCUACUUCGCCGACGAGGACAACGUCUACUCCCUUGACCUCUUCCAACAGCUUCGCGCCAUAAGGAGUUUUGGCACCUGGCCGGUGGCAAUGCUGGGCGUGGGCAAGAGCAAGACGCUGCUGGAAGGGCCGGUGUGUGACGACAGCAGGGUGGUUGGAUGGCACACGAACGGGAGGCACAGCAGGUCGCGAAGGUUCCAUGUGAACACGUCGGGGUUUGCUUUCAAUAGCACCAUGCUCUGGGAUGCCGACAAGAGGGCGCACCAGGCGUGGAACUACAUCCGGCUGCUGGACACGGUCAGAGAGGGCUUUCAGGAGACAACAUUUAUCGAACAGCUUGUGGAAGAUGAAACUCAUAUGGAGGGCGUACCGGCUGAUUGUUCAAAAAUUAUGAAUUUUAAUCUUCGUCUGGAAGACAAACAUCUUGUAUAUCCCAAGGGAUGGCAAAUGACACAAAACCUGGAUGUAAUCAUUCCUCUUUGAGCAGGAACAGAGGCACACAGUAUGGCUCGCCAUUUACCAUGAAGCUUGCGCCAGAGAGCACGCGGGAAUGGCAGUGCGUUACUUGGCGCGUCAAUGUCGUGGGCAGUCGGCCAGGGCUGUGACAAUCAAGCUUGAGAAAAUGACGCUUCACUCGAGGGGUUAGGUGUACAUACAUCAUACACAAGGAAAUAUGCACUUACUUUUCUCAGGUUGUUUGUAUCAAACAGGCAUACAGCUAACUUCGGAUUAGGUGUACAUGCAUCAUACAAAAGUUAACAUGUUGGUUUUCCUACAUUAUUCCAAAAAGGUCCUUAGCCAUGGUAAACAUUUGAGAAGAAAAUACAUUCUCUAACUUGUUGGUUUAUUGAAACGAAUGUGGUGGCGCCUUUUACCCCCUUCA